AUGUCAACAUCACGUAACAUCGAACCUGAAAGUUCGUAUGACAAGACUUCUAUGCCAACGGGUGUUCAAGUCCAAACUCUCGAACAAGAAGAAGAUCUGGCACAUGUACCGACUUCCAGAAGAAGUCGGUUCAAAGCAGGUUUGAAAUCACUCACCACUAAAGAUGGAUGGUUAGGAGACUAUGACUAUGGAGCUCUCAUGAUUCCUAAUAUUCCUUUUGUCACGAAGAACAGAAGAGAAUUACCUUUCUAUCAUGUCAACCAGAAAUUGCCUCAUCUUUUACUCUUCAUCCUGGGUCUUCAACAUGCUUUGGCGAUGGUCGGUGGUUUAGUCACUCCACCAUUACUUCUAGGUGGUCCAGCAGGUGCCAACUUGGGUACAGAUGCUCAAUUAUACCUCGUCUCAGCUUGUUUGAUCUGGUGUGCUUUCGGUACUGCCAUUCAAAUCUCUAGAUUCAGGAUCCCUAAAUCUGGAUACUACUUUGGAACUGGUUUGAUCAGUGUUACCGGAACUUCUUUCGCUUUCACCAAUGUAGCAUUAGCUUAUCUCAGUCAAUCAUACGCCAAUGGAACAUGCCCUAUGUCCGCCGAUGGUAAAACCAAGCUUCCGUGUCCUAAAGAGUUCGGAGCCAUCUUGGGGACAGCCACUAUGACCGGUAUCUUCGCUAUUGGAUUAUCAUUCGUUCCCCCUCGAGCUAUCCGAAAGAUGUUCCCUCCUCUAGUUACUGGAACCAUGUUAACUUUUAUCGGAGCCGCUUUGGUCAAAUCAGGAGUAACCAAUUGGGCAGGAGGUUCAGGUUCUUGUGCCACUGAUCACACUAUCAAAUGUGUCGCUGGUACACGAGCGGAAUUCUGGGGAUCAGGUGCUUUCUUGGGAUUGGGUUUCUCAUGUUUCAUCACUAUUAUCAUCUGUGAGAUCUUUGGUUCAGCAUUCAUGAAAUCAGCUUCAGUCUUCCUUGGUUUGAUCGUUGGAAUGGUCAUUGCCGCCGUCACCGGUUUCUUCAACAAGGCAACGAUCACAAAUGCGCCUGCCGGUUCAUUCCUCUGGACUCAUACUUGGAGUCUAUCAAUCAGAGGUGAAUUGGUCUUACCUAUGAUUGCCGCUUGGGCUGUCAUCGUCGCCGAGACUAUCGGAAACGUCACUGCUUCAUCGGAUGUUUCAAGAUUAGAGAUCACAGGAGAGACUUUCAUGACCAGAGUUCAAGGUGGUAUGCUUGCCGAUUCGGUUAUGGCAACACUCGCUGGACUCGCUACCGUACCUCCACUUACCACCUUUUCUCAAAACUCUGGAGUCAUUGCUUUAACUCGGAACGCUUCUAGAUCAUCAGGCUAUAUGUGUGCUGUCAUUCUGUUCUUGAUGGGUGUCAUUGGAAAAUUCGGUGCCAUCUUCGUAGCUGCACCAUCAGCAGUCAUCGGCGGUUUCACCACAUUCCUUUUCGGUGCGGUAGCUACAUCAGGAUUGAGGGUAUUGGCAUACUGUAAAUGGACUAGGAGAGAUCGAUUUAUCGCCACUGUCGGUGUAGCUUUAGGUUUAGCAAGUUUGACUGUACCUACUUGGUUCUCUUACUUGUUCACUUACACAGGUACAAGUGCCGGAAAGAAGGGUCUGAUCCAAGCUAUCGUCCUCAUUGUGGAAGAGCCUUAUCUUAUCUCAGCUAUGGUCAUGUGUCUUCUCAACGUCGCGUUACCAGACGAAGAAGCCGAAGCUGGAUCAAGUUCCACCAUCGAAGAGAAGAAAGAAUGGAACGAACCUGGAAGUUUGGCAGGUGGACCUUCCACAAGUGCCCCUCGGCCUCUUACUCCAGAGCUUGUUUAG